UUGUAACCCCGAGCCGAAGCAUCUUCCACGUUAAAAAGCUCGAGGGUUUGCCCUAAAAUUCGCCGGCUCGUCUGGACUCCGACACAAUAAAAAAAAAACGUUUUCUUUUCGUUUCGAUCGUAAUCGAUCGGAGUCCAGGCCUUGGCUUCGAAUGGCGUCGCCGGAUUUUCUAAAACUCGCCGGAAACUUUGUCCUCUGCUUCUUAUUCUCCUCCAUCUCAGACGUGGCUCAGCCGGUUAAAGCCCACGUGGCAGUCUUCGACGAAUACUGGACGCAGCGUCAAGCCCAUGCCUUGCGUCAGACGUUACGAUUCUACGACCCGAACCCCUUCAACGUCACCGACCACUUCAACCACCAUGUCAACUUGGCGGUGGAGGAGGCGACAGAAGCAAGCAACGGUACGAGGAGGGAACUAUGGCAGGUGGGCAGCGGCGGAAAACACCUAAAGCGACGCAACACGGGAAAGUGCGUAGCAUAUAACCCGAUCGACAGAUGCUGGCGCUGCCAACCGAACUGGGCAAAGGACCGGAAAAAGUUGGCGGACUGUGUGCUCGGAUUCGGCCGUAGAACCACCGGAGGAAAAGCCGGCCGUUACUACGUCGUCACCGAUGCGUCGGACACCGAUCUCAUCAACCCGAGACCCGGAACCCUAAGGCACGCGGUCACACGAGACGAGCCGCUCUGGAUCGUGUUUGAACGGAGCAUGGUCAUCAGACUGGCGCAAGAGCUGAUCAUAACGAGCAACAAGACGAUAGACGGACGUGGCGUUAGGGUUCAUAUCACGGGCGGUGCAGGGCUAACGGUGCAGUUCGUGAACAACGUGAUUAUCCACAAUAUCUAUAUCAAGGACAUCGUGCCGGGGAAUGGUGGGUUGAUCAGAGAUUCCGAGACACAUUUCGGGCUCCGGACAAGGAGUGACGGCGAUGGGAUCAAUAUAUUCGGAGCUACGAAUGUUUGGAUCGAUCAUGUCUCGAUGGCUCACUGCAGCGACGGGAUGAUCGACGCGAUUCAAGGAUCAACCGGAAUCACCAUUUCCAAUUGCCAUCUGACCGACCAUGGAGAGGUGAUGCUGUUUGGGGCGACGGACAAGGACGAGAUCGACACGAAGAUGCAGAUAACAGUUGCGUUCAACCACUUUGGUAAGAGAUUGGUGCAGAGAAUGCCGAGGUGCAGAUACGGCCUGAUCCAUGUGGUGAACAAUGACUAUACACACUGGGAAAUGUAUGCCAUUGGCGGAAAUAUGAACCCUACAAUCAUCAGCCAAGGAAAUCGCUUCAUCGCCCCUCCAAACGAGCAAGCCAAGCAGGUAACGAAGAGGGAGUACACACCAUACCCCGAGUGGAAAUCGUGGAACUGGCAGUCGGAGGGAGAUUACUUCCUGAACGGAGCCUACUUUGUGCAGUCGGGAAGAGCAAACGCUUGGAGUGUAGCCCCGAAGAAUCCGGUCCCCAGCAAGUUUGCAAUCCGGCCGCAGCCAGGGACUUUGGUCAGGAAACUCACCAUGAAUUCCGGGGUCUUAGGCUGUAAGAAAGGCAAACCCUGUUAAUAAUUUUUUUUCCCCAUUUGGCACCUUCCUUCCAACACAAAAAUGUGUAGUGUGAGUUCAGUUCAAUCAAAACUGGUUUUGUCCCUGCCUUUUACA